AUGCUGCCCAACGACACCAUGUGCAAUGUAUCAUGCUGUGCCAUGGGCUUGGAAAUGGUUCCAUUGUCACUCCCUGUUCACACAAUGAAACUGGAUCUUUCCCGCAAUUACAUCUCAAAGCUCAAGGAUGAGCGCUGGGUGCAUAGAGAACUACUGCCCAAUCUGGAGACUGAACAAGGGUGGAGACUCUGCCUGCACCACCGGGACUUUGAGCCAGGCAAGCCCAUCAUUGACAACAUUGUGGAAGGCAUCUACAGCAGCAGAAAGACUAUCUGUGUGGUGACACGAGACUACUUGGGGAGCGAGUGGUGCUCCAGGGAGAUUCAGGUGGCCAGCUUCCGGCUGUUUGACGAGAAGAAAGAUGUACUCAUCCUGGUCUUCCUGGAAGACAUCCCAGCACAACACCUAUCCCCAUACCACAGAAUGCGAAAGCUGGUUAAGAAGCAAACCUAUCUGUGCUGGCCUAAACCUGGGGAGGACAAGAGUGUCUUUUGGCAGAAACUACGAAUGGCUCUCAGCACCAACAAAGAAGAAAACCCCAUUCUUUUAGGAGGGGAAUAGACUUCCAUGGGACUUCCAUGGGUGUGGAGUGUGCUGGGGAAAUUACCAUUAUGAAAGAUGCUGGGGUUCAUGGGAUGAUCAUUUGUAUUUGUGGAAAGCGAAUUGUUUAAUAGAGUUCAAACACUGUGUCAGCUGAGUAAUCUGAAAUGAAAUAGCAUUGCAUUAAAUCA